AUGAGUGGAGACGGACCUUAUGGACCUGUGGUGAACGGUACUCAAAUCGUCUUCUUUGAGUACCUACCCAACAAGCCAGCAGCAAUUUCCUUUGUCGCUCUUUUUGGAAUGACCACAUUGGCUCAUUUGAUACUUCUUAUCAUGUAUCGAGCCUGGUUCUUUAUCCCCUUUAUUCUUGGUGGUAUCUGUGAGAUAUUUGGAUACUUUGGCAGAGCCCAAGCAAGCGAUCGGCCCGACGAAGCAGGUCCAUUCAUUCUUCAGAACGUCCUUCUUCUUGCCGGAACGCCAUUCCUCGCCGCGACUAUAUACAUGAGCCUACGACGAGUUGCAGCAGCGCUGGAGUCUGAGCAUCUCUCGUUCUUAAGCCUCCGUUGGUUGACGAAACUCUACGUCCUUAUCGACAUCGGCUGUAUUGCCAGUCAAUUUAUCGGUGCCAUUAUACCUGCCUCAGGUGAUGCCGACGCCAUUGCCAAGGGCCGCACCAUCUUAAUCGCAGGCCUGGUAGUACAACUAGUUGCUCUGACAAUCUUCAUCCUUACCUCGGUAUACCUUUACAUUCGAAUAACACAAGAGACGGGGCCUUUCUUGGAUGGAUCUUUUGUUCGUUGGAGACGGUAUUUCAGGACAAUUGAGGCUGUUACUGGCAUCAUGAUUGUACGAAGUAUUGUCCGCGCGGUCGAAUACCUACAAGGGCAAGGCGGCUUCGUCAUUUCACACGAGGUGUUCAUAUACUUGUUUGAUGCUUUGCCGAUGCUCUUGGUCAUGCUUCUUUUCGCUGUUAUUCAUCCGGGCCGACUUGUCAAGAAUAGAGGAAUCAGCAAAGCUAAAGGCAAAGGAAAAAGGCACAGCGACCAGAUUGGAUUGCAGGAAUAUUCAACCCAAUUGGAAUGA